ACAAGGCCCAGAGUGGAGGGGCAGCUCCUGGGCUACCACUCCCGCCACUGCCAUGAUCCCCCCAACGGACUCUCUGUUAAAGUACGAUACCCCGGUGUUGGUGAGCCGGAACACUGAGAAGCGAAGCCCCAAAGCUCGACCACUGAAAGUCAGCCCCCAGCAGCCUGGACCCUCAGGUCCAGUUCCACAGCCACCAAAGACCAAGCUCCCCACAACUUCCUGUGUCCCAGAUUCUACAAAGCAGGCAGAAGAAAUCUUGAAUGCUAUCCUGCCCCCAAGGGAGUGGGUGGAAGACACGCAGCUAUGGAUCCAGCAGGUGUCCAGCACCCCCAGCACUAGGAUGGACGUGGUGCACCUCCAAGAGCAGCUGGACUUAAAGCUACAGCAGCGACAGGCCAGGGAGACAGGCAUCUGCCCUGUCCGCAGGGAGCUGUACUCACAGUGUUUUGAUGAGCUGAUCCGUGAGGUCACCAUCAACUGUGCAGAGAGGGGGCUGCUUCUGCUGCGAGUCCGGGACGAGAUCCGCAUGACCAUCGCUGCCUACCAGACCUUGUAUGAGAGCAGCGUGGCGUUUGGCAUGAGGAAGGCGCUGCAGGCCGAACAGGGGAAGUCAGACAUGGAGAGGAAAAUUGCAGAAUUAGAAACGGAAAAGAGAGAUUUGGAGAGGCAAGUGAAUGAGCAGAAGGCGAAAUGCGAGGCCACCGAGAAGCGGGAGAGUGAGAGGAGACAGGUGGAGGAGAAGAAGCACAGCGAGGAAAUUCAGUUCCUAAAGCGGACCAAUCAGCAGCUGAAGGCCCAACUGGAAGGCAUUAUUGCACCAAAGAAGUGAUAAUUUCCAUAUGGGUCUCAGCAAGCACCACAAACCCAUCUUAAGCCCUUUAUAAUAAAAGCUAGUUUCCUGAGUGAAAAAGGCAUACCCUCCCCUGAUCACCACCUAUAUGUAUUUGUCAGAAGUCACACCAUUGCCCCAGUGUCACAAAACACCUAAGGUCUGGCAGCCAGUCUCCUGGUUGGGCAUAAGAUGGUAUAGCCCAGUAUGUGGCCAAACUUGGUAUUUGCCAACUCAAAUAGUUAAGACAGAAUUCACCUCUUCCUGCUGUCUCGAGUGAACUGCUUUCCCAUCACUUAUUUCUGGACAAAUGAAGCUGCUUCUGUUCCUAUUUCUGGUCCACAAUUCAUCUUGUACCUUAACUUGGGCUUCUCUGGCCUCAUUUUUUCCCUUAUUUGAUGUCCUCUCAUCCCCACUCCAAUGUAGUUCUAGUAACUCAUUGAGAAUUUUGUGUUUGUACUGUAUUAUCUUACCCUGCCUGCCAAGUCAAACGGACCCCUUGCUCCUUACUUCCAUACUUUCUGGGUGAGGCAACAGUAAAGUCAAACCCCUGGCUUUGAGAAAAUAAAGGUUUGCUGCAAAACCAAGUCACAGCACCCACUGUGAGUUGUUUGUACCUCAGCUCCUCCCCUGCCCGACCUCUUCACCUUGUUCUGUAGGAAACCAUAACCUGACCCAACACACCUCUUCAGUUUAAUGAACUGGAGAGGUGCUCAAACUCACAUGCACUUCUAAUUAUAAAUGAUCAGGGUACGGCCUGUACAUAAAUGCAUUUUACUGUUUCCUCUUAAACUCAAGUUUGGAGGCUCAGGACUCCUGAUUUUGUAGACCCAGAAGACUCCAUUAACAACAUAAACCUUUAAUUCAGGGCAGACCAGGUGGGCUUGGGUGGCAAGCUGAGUGACUGCCAUUACUCAAAACUGGUAAGAAACACCCUGAGAAGGCACUAGCAUCUCCACUUGGAACGCCUCAAGUGCUCAGCGGUCCCGAAUGCCCAAGAGGGACUCUCCUUCGUGGAGCUGCGGCCUGAUAGCCAUCCUGGUCAGGGCUUCCAGGCUCCCUGGAAGAACUGCAGUCCGACAAGAGCUGUGGCCCACCAAGUUGAAAGUGCCCCAUGUACUCUAAUCUCAGAUUUGAAGUCACAGCUUUAACCCGGAUCCAGGUGUCCUGAGGGACCCUAAGACCCCACUAAGAUGACCUGUCUGUGCUGUCAUUUUGGGGGGAAAGAACUCUUCACGGAUAUGAGCUACUUCCGUGACUCCUUGGCAGUAAAGCACUUGGGCUGACUUGGGUGCUUCUGACAGGGAUAGCAAGGGACAACACAGAUUGCUGUAACUUUUCCUUUGUAUUUUUAAAGCCUAGACCAUGUACACUACAUUCUUAGAAUUUUCUUCUUAUAGUUUUAUUCCAAAUAGCUUCUGUUCCAAACUGCUAGUAGAUAGUACAAAAGAAACACACUUUCCAUUUUAUAGACAUCAUCCUUGCCCGUCAGACAUUUACACCGGGGGACCGCCCUCUGGUGGACUGCUUCAGGUCUCAGAAGUGCCAGUGGACUCCUUGGCUGAAAUCCUAGAGGGUGAAGAGGCUUGCUUUAUUUUCACUAGCACUGGUGAAGGGUUUCAACUGUCAAACCUCAGAACAAACGCAUUACAGCCUCAGAAAUGCCAGCCGCGCAUGGAGAAAAUGAACACAGUUGCUAA